AUGCCUCAUGCAACUACGGAAGGACCACCUAUUCCCUAUUCAUCUAGACCAAAUACUACAAUGCUAUAUUCCCUCAUGUCGCUCCCAUCUCUCAAAGAAUUCAUGGUACACAGAUUAGUUGACGAAGCAACGCAUAUUAGCACCAUGGAGAUAGCCCUGAGAGAUUAUGCGCGUCAUCGCAACAAGAUGGAAGAAGUAUGUGCAGGAGCAAGUGAAAGCACAAUAACAUUCAUGGCCGACAAAUUAUUCUGGCGUUCUCACUGUACGUAUCAUGAUCGAAAUAUUCCCUCUCUAGGUACUUUUGAGAAAAGCACUAAUGAAAACCUAGGGCCUGAGGAAGAAUAUCCUAGAGAGAAUUGUCUCUUGGAUUCGCAUGAUAAGGAAGUUAUUUAUAGGGCAUUUGCAAAUGUUCGUGUUCGUGCUAGGGAACAGGAGAUAUUUCGUGAGCAACAAUAUAGAUAUCGGGAGUUUUAUGCUCAGGAAGCUCAGGCUUGGAGUAAGAGUGUUGGGGAUAAGCUUGCACGAAUGGCACAAAAGGAAAAACAGACUGAGGACCAUGAGGCAAAGGAUGACGAAGGAAAAUUAGGUUUGCAGGCGUUGGCGCAACUUGAGAUUUGA